AUGGCGACUCCGCCACCGAAGAAGAAGAAGGGUGGCCUCUUUGGAUGCUUCUCGAAGAACGCUCUCGAUUCACUUCCCCGUAACGCUCGAGGCGAUGCAGCGGCCAUCAUUCGACUCCAAGCACAAAACAUCUUUGAGCACAUCCCCACCGCAUCCGAUGCGUCAGCGUCGACAGCUGCCGUUACGCCCCUCACCGAGGAAAAGGGCCUGCUUAGGCUAGCAGAGCUCAACAGUGCGGCUCCAUCAAUUUCUGAAUCAGCAUCUCCUGUCAAACGGCUCUACGCACAAGAAGUCAUCGAAGGUCACGAAGACGAACCAACUGCUUUCGAAGAGCGGUACAACGAGAAAGUGGACCAACACGAAUACGACACCGAGGAGGCACGCGACGUUCUACCGGACGAUGUACCGCUCUCCACAACUGACGGAGUCAACACACCGAGCGCAGUCAGGAGUCUGAGCGUAGCAAGCAAGUCAGGCCGAAUCAAGCGCUCGCUCAGUCUCAAGAGGAGCGGCAGCACUGCCAGCACCAAUCUGAUUGCUCGCGCUCCCCCCGUCAGCUCUGCCGACUUUGCCGACUUGCCUGCUUCGUCAAGCUCCUCCUCAGAUCUUGCGGAGAGAGACGGUGCUGGACUAGGAGACAUGGCUUCGAUCAGGAAGGCGAGAGGACAGCACCGUACGGGUCACGAGCGAGUCUUUCCAGACAUCAGCGAAGAUCUUGCGUUCGAAAAUGUUCCCAUUCCACCAAAAACGCUGCCUGGCGGUAUACAAGAGGCGGACCUCACCACACCCCUCAAGAAGCGAACGCUGGCACUGUCUAUGCCCGAGUCGGACAGUAUGAGAGCAGUAGCUGCAGCUUUGGAAGGCUCGCCUGAUUUGGUGCGCUACCAUCCAGGUCCUAGGGUCAGCACUCCGCGACUCGAAUCACCUUCCUCCAACCGAGCCCCUUCGUCCGCAGGCAUCCGCAGUCAGCGUGCCCAACGAAGCGAAGACACGGUGACGGAGCUACCUUCUGCUUCCACUGCACCUCAUGGAUUCUGGAACUCCGGUCCUGACGCCGAUGAAUUCUACGCUUCCGGAAGAACGAUCCCGUUCCAGUACGUGACGAACCUCUCACGACCGGUCUCAAUCGCCUCUCUCCGUUCGCUCGCCUGCCCCAGCACGCCGCCGCGAACCUCGUCCCGACCGACAUCGCCCAACGGAACAUACCACGGCCUUCGCUCCACCAAGAGCUUCUCCGUCUCUCCGCUGAAAAAGCAAGCCACGUUCAACGGUUUCCCACGAACCUUCUUCCCUGCUCCUUCCACCCUCAAACACACUCCCAGCACAGCCAGUCAGCGACGGAAACCGGCCCCCGAAGUCACGCCAUCGCUGAUCAUCGCACAUCACAAACAGAUCUCGCAGGACGCCGAAGAGGAGGACGACGUCGAGCACGAGUUGACCGGUGCUCAGGGUCACGCAGCGUCUCGCUCGCACACGUGUUCCAACUGCGGCACGGUCGAAGACACCCGCGACUUUGCCGCUUUCGUCGGCAAGGGAAAAGCGUCGAGACGAACAUCGGUCAAGCAGCAGACGUUGAACAAGCCUGCGCCGCAAACCGCUGCUACCGGUUCGCUGAGGAAGAGCAAGUCCGCCAUGCUGAAACACGAGACAUCGAUGGGUGAAAACACGCUCACGAGGUGGGGGCUAGCCGAAGCGUUCAAGUCGACUACUCAGGGUGAGGUGCCGGAACAGCAGAAGCUGCCGGCGAAGAAGAUGGUUCCAGGUCCCGGUGGUGGAUACAUCACGGAUACGGCCAACGUGAGAUGGUGCAGCGCUCUGGAUGAGAUCAAGAAGGCGUUAGCAGAUGACGGGACGACCGCUGCCAAGCAGGACGAAGAAGAGGAAGAGGCGAGAGUACAGAAGGAGACUCAGACUGCGUUGGCGCAGGCAGACGCAGUGUUGGCCAGGCUCGGCGUUGAAACAUAG